GACGCAGGCCGUAUUCACCCAUUCUCCAGCCUCUAGGCGGAACCACUGCCGUUCACAGCGAUUAAUGACACAGAUUGAGGUGGUGUGAAGCCUUGGGUCUUCCUAAUCGUCACACAAUAUAGAUUGCACGUUUGCGUGGUUUUAACCACUGCUGUCGUCUGUCCAACAACUCCCGGGGGUCUACGAUGUGGACCACGUCGUUUUUGUCCGUGGCUGUCGUCGUCUGCGCCGUGAGUAGCGACAGAAGUCUGGAGGACAAGGGCCGCGUUGAGUUGCAGCGCGUGCGUGAACUGUCUCGGCAGCCGCGUUACGGCGCGUGCUGGUCUCGCGCGCUGGAGAAAAUACAGUCGAGCUGCAAAGAGUUCAGUGACGAUGUGCAGAGCAAGAUCGCCUUGUCCUUCACGCACUGCCACCUGCAAAGGUCAGGUCGUAGUUUCCCAGAGUGUCCUGAAGAUAGUGAUGUCAAAACCUGCACCCAAGACAUGGAUCCUGUGGCCUUCAAUACCUACACUGAGUUUUUUACGCACGCACACAGUAUAUGUCAUUACUUGCAGAGCGAGCGCUGGCAACAAAGAGCUGAGAACACCAUUCACCGGUUGACUGAGAGUUCGGCGGGGGUUGCAGAGCAGUUGGCCUCCACCCAGCGGAUGGCAGAAGAUCUGGUCGUGGCCCAAAGUGCCGCGUUGAAAUCCCAGGAAAGCAUCCUUCGCAAUGGAGAGGAACUCAAGAGCACCCUGCAGGACUCCACUCAAGGCCUGAGAGAUGUGUUUGCGGAGAUGAGGCAUUCUGCACAGGAGCAGCAGGUGGCAUUUGCGGAAAUCUUUAACCGCGUAGCUUUCCUCCAGAGCUUCAUCAUGUCUGAAACGCACACGUUUAGUUCUCUUUUUUACAACACCCUGGGCUUUGCCGCCUCUUUCCUUCUGACUUCUGUCCGGCGCACAGCUGGAGCAAGAUUUUUCCUUUUUGGACUUGUGGCUUUGAAUGUAUACUUCGAAAGAAUGAUCUGCAAGAUGGUUUUGGAAAACGAGGACCAUGGUUUUGAACAGAUGGAGAAAAUCGUCUUUUUAGUUGGUCUUCUAAGAAAAUCCAUGGUUCUGAUUGGCUGCCUUGUUCUGCUGUACUUCGCUCUGCGCUACCGCAACAUCAGCCGAGAAAGUCUUGAAAUUCUGAAGGAACUCAAAGAGACUCACUCUGAUCUUCAGAAGGCCUUGCAAAAAGCAGAAUGUCUCUCGGCGUCUGUGGACGAGUGGAAGAGGUCCAGACAAAAACGUUGGCAGAGCAAGUGGGAAGAGAGAGAUGACGGUUUAGUUGUUCUGCAUCCCUCUAGCGUCGUGAAUGCGGCCCUGUCUGCAUCCGCUGCAUCUCCAGACGCCAGACAACUUGAGACACAGAGCACCUCAGAAGCCCUGAAGAGACGUCAGCGGCGCACGUCAGGGGCUCGUUCACGGACGUCUUCUGUCACGGUGUACAGUGUGCUGGUGGAUGACAAUGAGCCGAGGUAUAGCCUGAGAAGUCGGAAAUCUUUGUGUGGCCCGGAUGUUCACGGAGUGAAGGACUGAUGUAUAAUAUCAGAAAAAGGUUCGAUUGCCUUCUGAAGAUCUGAUAGAGGGACUAACAAUUGUUCUGAAUCAUUAGAUCAAAGACUUCCGAAAGAUGGAAGAUCAUAGACAUUUUGAAUGUGCAUUCUUCCUUUUUAAUCCUUUUAAUGCUUCCUUAAACGUUAUAUUUGUCGUUUUUUCCAGAUUUUUUUUACAAAACCAAUAAAUAAAUUCCAGUGUAACAGCUGAAGU